AUGGCGACAAGUGAUACCCCAGAACUAAGCCUGUGCUCCGCACCAACACCAACCGCCAAGGCCUUCCCCCAGUCCAGUUUCUUCCAAGAGCGCAGAGCGCCCGCGCUACCCUCGCCGACAAAGAUCAGAGCCCUGAAUGAGGCAUCCUGCCACUACCGUGCCGCAUCCUUGAACCAUCCGCCCCCCGUCCUUAUCUCAUCCCUGGGACUAGCCGUCAAGUAUGGGGCCGACGUGACUAUCGCUGAGGUCGAGACCCAGGUGUCGAUGCGUGAAAAACUAAAAGGCCGUGUUCCGAUUCCCGAGGUCUUCGGCUGGGCUGAAGAUGGCGGCCAAAGGUUCAUUUACAUGUCUCUGGUCGAGGGCGAAACUCUACAAGCAAGAUUCGGCACCAUGAAUGAAAGCGAACGGCAGGUUUUCUGCAAGGAGCUAAGAUCUAUGGUGAAUGCUUGGAGGGCUUUAACCCAGGAACCAGACAGAUGUGUUGGGAGCAUUGGAAAGCGCCCGCUAAACGAUAUUUUCGUCACUGGCAAGCCAGAGCGCGUAGGACCCUUCCUAGGGGCACAUGCUGUGGAAAAGUUCCAUGACACAUGCGGAAUCGACAUUGGCGACGAUAUCCCGAUUGUUCUUACCCAUAACGACCUUUGUCCCCCCAAUAUAUUAUUAUCGCGUGGCCCUAACCCAAAGGUCGUGGGCAUUCUUGAUUGGGGUCAAUCAGGAUGGUAUCCUUCCUAUUGGGAGUAUUGCAAGGCACGACGAGUAGGUAUCGUGGAUGAGGAAUUCACUUCUGCCCUUCAAGAGGAAUUCACUUCUGCCCUUCAAGAGGAAUUCACUUCUGCCCUUCAAGAGGAAUUCACUUCUGCCCUUCAAGAGGAAUGGCAUACCACUUAUCUCCCUGAGGUCAUUGAUACGGUCGAUGAUGAGAGCUUUUACCACCCGUGGCUGUAUUUCAUGUUGUCUAACAUCUGA